UAAGGCAUUUGUAGGCCUUGUGCAAAUACAAUAAUCCAGUUGCUCCGAACUGUUGACAGAGUUGUAUUCAAUAUACAUAUAAAAAAAGGCAAAACUAUAGGCCGGACAUUGAAAUGCACUAAAGUGAAUAAUGUUUUAGAAUCCCUGCAAGGCAACUAAGAUUUUACACAAGCUGGACUUGGCUUAUUUGCAGGACAAUAGUUCGGCGACGAUAGAAUACAUUUAACUCGAGAUAAACUACAGGGCGCACGAAUUCGGAUGCAAUGGAAAGUGCCAGUACUGGUCGCCGAAGGAACAACAUGCGGGUCAACGCGGAGGACAAUGCACUAGAUCAAAUAACGAAAGAGGCGGAGGCACGACUUGCAGCGCGUCGACAAGCUCGUGCCGAGGCCCGCGAGAUCCGUAUGCGAGAGCUGGAGCGACAGCAAAAGGAGCUCGAACUAACAGCUGACCGUGUAUUUGACAUGCAAAGCACCACAGGAGGCGUUGCAGGUGGUGGCGAUACACUCCUCUCUACGCAUCCCUCCCGCCUCGUCUAUGGCGGUCUUAUAAAUGUGGCCCGUUCAUCGGUAUCGCGACGUAGCAGUGAGGACUCUUUGGAGGAGGACGGCCGAAGUUUUCGUGACUUCAAACAUGAGCUUAAAGACGUUGAGGAACGGUUUCGAAAGGCGAUGAUAACGAAUGCCCAGUUGGACAACGACCGUGCAUCACAGGCUUACGAAGUGAAACUGCUCAAGGACAAAUGCGAAAUAAUGCAGGAAUCCUUUGCGCAACUGCAGCGCGAAUUCAAGGAGAAAAUGCGCGACUGCAAUGCCCUCAAACGAAGCUUGGAUCGCGCCAACCUUGAGCUGAAGCUGGUGCAAGGACAGUUAAAUGAGCGGGACUUGUUAAUAUCGGAGCAGGGUCUUCUGAUUGUGGCUGUUGAGAACGAGGAUGGCAGUGAUGCUAAGCGGGCUCUGGUUAGUGUUGAGAAUGCCAAGCUCUUGGCCUCCGUUCAGGGUUCUUUAGAUGUUAGACUUAAAAAAUUCAGUGACGAAAAGAAGAGAUUGCUAUCCGAGGUGCACAGUCUUCACGAACAGCUUGAUGAAUAUAAAAGCGGAGGAAUGGCUGGCGGAUCUGGAAGUUUUGCACAUGGUUCUCUUGGCGAAGAAGAUGAUUACGAGGCUCAAAGGGAGUCAAACAAAAUCAUUUCAGACUAUAAAUAUAAGCUGCAAAAGGCUGAACAAGAAAUCGCAAAUUUACAAUCGAGUUUAGCACGUUCAGAGACUCAAGUCAUUCGAUACAAAAGCACUGCGGAAGCCGCCGAAAAGUCAGAGGCUGAAUUAAAAGUCGAACGCCGCAAGCUCCAACGUGAGCAUCGGGAAAUACUGGAAAGAUUGGAGGAGGCGGAGACGGCCAAUAACCAUUUGUUAAAGCGUUUGGAUAAAUUAAAAAACGCCAAGAGCGCCAUCCUAAAAGACUUAUGACCUAAAAUGGGUAACAACUCCAUUAUUGCCUCCAAUCACAACGACGUCACAGCAUCAUCCGAUGAUGGCACCAAAAGGAGCAGCACGGAAUUAACAAAGUCUGAAUGCGAUAAGACAUAGAAGAUUAAAGUCCCGAAAGCAAGCACGCAUCCUACGUUAUAAAUUUAAUACACUUAAAUGGAUCAGUAUCCUUACUCUUAUGCGCAUGUGUACUCCUCCAACGGCAAACAUCAAAUUGUGUUUAUUUAUAAUACAUUUAGUGCGAAAAUUAGUAAUAAUAUCAA